CGACCACCCUCGACCACCCUCGACUGCCCACGGGUUGCCAUGAUCACAUUCAAACAGAUCUUCCGCGCGGUGCAGACCGUUGCGGUGCCCCUCAUCCUCGCCUACGUCGUUCGCUUGGUCUGGCCUGAGCAGACCGUCGAGGAGACUCCAGCUUCCCUCUACCGGCCGUUGCUAGCCGAUAUCGACUUCGUUCCCAGAGUGCUGCCUGUGACCUUCCGUGCCGACGUUCCCGAGCUCGCCUCUUACGAACGCGUCUCCGUUGUGCAGAACAGCACUGGACCAGCCGACACUACAGCCGUGAUACUCAAUUGGUCGCGCUUCCCGAACGUCUUGCUUAUCACUUCUCUGCUCUGCGGACCUUGGCUGGACAACACCAUUGCACAGGUGUACAUAUGGAACAACCACCACAAGCCGCUCUCCUAUGAAGACUUGAAGAACACCGGCUGCCCGCGCUCGAAGCUGCGCAUCCACAACGCGCCCGCGAACAAGCUCUUUCAGGGGCGCUACCUCGCGUGCGCCCAGGCUGAUACACCGUACUGCUUCAUCCAAGAUGAUGACUUCCUGAUCCGCUCAGAGAUCAUUCAAACACUCCGCGCACGCAUCGCAGAGCCAGGCGCAUCUGGAGCUAUACACCUGCUGCCGCCGGACCAGCAUCUUUCGACGGCGCUGCGCGAGGUUCACGUUAGGUCGCCGGAUGCAUCCCAUCUUGCGGACAUCCACACCUCCUUCGCUUGGUUAGGCUACGGGGCGAUGCUGCGCCGGUCCGAGGCCCAGCGGUUCCUCAACCUCAUGCGAUACCUUAGGGCCGCCGAUGAUGAGAUGAAAAUGGCGGACAACUUCUUUACCAUCCUGAGCAACCGCGUGCCCGAGGUGUGGUUCGACCAGAACUUUGAACUCGGCGGAGGUCACGCCUUUACGGUCGGCUCGGAAGGCGAUGAGCGGAACAGGGACUAUACGCUCAGGGCCACACGAUAUCUGGAGUCGCUGACACACUGCGGCCAUGCCUCAUGCGACGAUUCUACGGUCGACAAAGACCUGCCACGGCCCAGGCCGCCAUACGUGACCCUCGACGGGCCAUAUACCCCUUCCGGGCAGACCCACGCAGCGUGCCGUGGGUCCGCAUGUGUCCUGGAAACUAAUAUCCGUUUAGCACCCGAGACUAUCUCUCAUUUCGCCACGAACGUCAACGAUAUCUUGACCCUCGAACGCCGCAACUCCGACAUCUUAGGCGAGGCUGGGAAGUCCAAUUACCUCGAGCACGCGCCGUCCAACGCCGUCGACUUGAAAGCCGAGACGGUGUUCCGGAGCUUCGCACACGCCGCGGAGGGCGACACGCUCGCGCUCGACAUUCUCACGGACAUCAGCGACGCGCGCGAAUGGACAGCGGUCGAACUUGUGUGGCUCGUGGGCGCCGCGACGGAGGACAUCCUGCAGGCGUGCACGUUCGAGUGGUCAUCUGACAGCGUCACCUGGCACGCCGCCGCACAUAACCCCAUUUGCUACGCCACCACUCGUGAGGCGACCAUCGGGGAGGAGAAGGUGCCGCUGAGCGAGUGCAGUGUGCAGAUGGUGCUCGGCUCUAGUGCGCUGCAUCUGCGGGCGACCGGCCGCCAUUACAGGGCUCGGCUGGGUGAAGACAAGUCGGCGAGAUGGGUGGUGGCGGAGGUGUGGCUGCGGGGUCUGUAGGAUGGCAACAGACAAUCAUUGGAUACAGACGUGCCGGAGGAUUCAGAUGUAGGCCAUGGAUGUCGGAGGACCUCUCGACUUCGCCGGUCGCUGCAAUGCUCGCUGCUCGCGUGCUAUUGGGUAGAUAAGAAGGGCGCUGUUAACGCGUGUUUAUAAUUUGCUUUGCGACACUCUUGAUAUCAUUAGCGGACGUAUUAG